AUGGAUAUUCUAAAGGCUUGCCAUGACUCUCAUGUUGGAGGUCAUCAUAGUGGAAACCGGACUGCAGCAAAAGUGCUUGAAUGUGGGGUUUAUCAUCAGGGGGCCACUCCUUAUUAUCCGCAAAACAGUGUCCAGGAGAAAGUAUCCAAUCGGGAGAUAAAGAGUAUCUUCACCAAGACGGUCAAUGCAAACAGAACCGACUGGGCUAGGAAACUUGAUGAUGCUCUUUGGGCGUAUAGAAAUGUAUUUAAAAUGUCCAUUAGGACUUCGCCUUAUAAGAUAGUUUUUGGCAAGGCGUGCCAUCUGCCAAUUGAACUCGAACAUAAAGCCUUGUGGGCUCUGAAGAAGUUGAACACGGACUGGGAAGAAGCAACCAACAUGAGGUUAUUUCAGAUGAAUGAAAUGGAUGAAUUCCGGUUCUAUGCCUAUGAAAGUGCACGUUUGUAUGAGGAGAAGAUGAAGUACUAUCAUGAUGUCAAGACUCUCAAGCGGGACUUUCAGAAGGAUGAUUUUGUUCUGCUGUAUAAUUCCAGGCUGAAGCUUUUUUCAGGCAAGUUGAAAUCCAGGUAG